AUUAAUAGUGUACCAAUUGCUUCUCUCAAUAUCACCACACUACACAACCAUGAACUCUUGCUCAUUCACUCUUUUCAUCUUGGCCGCCAUUAUCUUUCUCCGGUGUUUAAGUUCCACUAGAGCUGCCACAUGUCAUCCUGAUGACGAGGCAGGUCUCUUAGCCUUCAAAUCGGGUAUAACCCGAGAUCGUUUGGGCAUUUUUAGCCAGUGGAAGAAAGGUACUCCAUGUUGUUCAUGGAUGGGUGUCAUUUGCAUCACCAACGACCGCGUCACCACACUGAGAAUAAGCGGCUCUACCGUUCUUGGCCAAAGCGUCGUUUCCGGCACAAUCUCACCGUCUCUGGCCAAACUUCAGCACCUCGAGGGGGUUUACUUUACCUAUCUUCAAAAUAUUACAGGGUCUUUUCCCCAAUUUCUUUUCAAAUUACCAAAGUUAAAGUAUAUUGACUUAACGGGUACUCGCCUCUCCGGUCCCCUUCCGACUAACAUCGAUGCGCUAAGCCAGUUGGAAGAGUUAAUUCUGGAGGACAACCAGUUCACUGGUCCAAUCCCGACUUCAAUAUCUAAUUUGACUCGGUUAACUUGGUUCAGUCUCCGUGGAAACCACAUCUCUGGCACCAUCCCAGAUAUUUUCAAAUCCAUGACGCAGCUUGGAUUUCUCGCUCUCUCCCGCAAUCGAUUAUCCGGGAAACUUCCUCCGUCUUUUGCAUCGCUUGCACCAAGUCUCGUAGUCCUCGAACUAAACCAAAACAAUCUCUCGGGGAAGAUCCCUAACUAUUUAUCAAGAUUCAAGGAGAUGUCCUCAUUGUAUCUCUCCAAGAAUCAAUACUCGGGGGUCGUGCCAAAGAGUUUCGCCAAUAUGACCAAACUUAAUCAUCUUGACCUCUCCCACAAUCUUCUAACCGGUCCAUUCCCAGACUUGAAGAUGAUCGAUAACAUUUACGCUUUGGAUCUAUCGUACAACCGAUUCCACCUAAAAACAAUACCGAAAUGGGUGACCUCUUCACGAUCCAUCCACUCGUUGAAGCUAGUUAAAUGCGGGAUCAAGAUGAGAUUUGAAGAUUGGAAGCCAGAGGGAACAAAACUUUUUUCCGACAUCAAUCUUUCAGAAAACGAGAUCUCAGGGAGUCCAACAUGGUUUCUUAACAACGCAGAGAAUCUUAUGGAGUUUCAGGCAUCAGGGAACAAACUCCGAUUUGACAUGGAGAAGCUGAAAUUCAAAAAAUCGUUGAGACUAUUAGAUAUGUCAAGGAACUUGGUAUUUGGGAAGGUACCAGCGACGGUGGCUGGAUUGGAAAAACUGAACUUAAGUCAAAACCAUCUUUGCGGAAAGCUUCCGGUGACAAAGUUCAAGGCCAAUACGUUUGCUGGUAACGACUGUCUCUGCGGCUCUCCACUUUCUCCUUGUAAAGCUUAGCCGCAUGAAAAACUAUAACUUUGUAUUUUUGGAUUUACUUUGACACUCUCUAGUCUCUACAUAAAAAUUGUAUUGAUAA